UAAACAAAAUAAAGCAGCUGCAGCCCAAAUUGAUUUGUUAACAAAUUACGAAUUGGAACCAAAGAAAUAUAAAUUUAGUGCUAAAUAAUCGGAAAUAACAAUACGAUUGCGUUUGAUAAAAAUGCACAAUGAGUUCAGUAUAAUAUCUUAAGUUGUCAAUAAAUUUAUCCCACGGAUACAUGAUAAAUCAAUUCGUGAAACUACAACUUGUUGCCGAUGCUGCAGCUACCCGUUCCCUUUUGGAUAAAGUCCUCGAUUUAAUUCAAGUUAUUAUUCGUACAUUGCCCUACUAGUAGUUGAAGUGGCAAAUAAAAAGUUGCACAAAAAUUGGAAAAACUGUUCCUUAAUUUACAAACCACAUUAACCAAUACAGCGGCCACCACGGGCGUCAAUGCCACAGCCAAUGUGAAGCAGUUACGUCAACAAAAGCGCUUCAAAAGUUUAUAACUUUCCUGCAAUAGCAAAUUGUAACGCUAUACCAGUAUAUCGCUUUGUUCAUUUGGAGCAAAAACUUUUGUAAAAUAGCUAUAAAAAAUAGUAAAUAAAGGACAAGUGCAUCGCAAGCGCAACUGCAACUAUAAUAGAACUUGUGUAUAUUGGUACAUUUAUCGUACAUAUGUAUAUACUAGCUGCAUAAACUUUAGCUGGUUUAGCCAUAAAAUACGAGUAAAAUGCAAUUUGUAGGAAAGCUAAAAACUUUUAUUUUGAAUUAAACAAAAUGGAGUUCACAAAUAUUAUGCCAUAUACAAUCUGCGGAGUAGAUUCCACAAGUGAGUUUCAGUCAGUUAACCAGACAGCAGUUGACAUCGUAUGGACAACUUUCAAGCAACUAACUAUUUACUUGCAUAAUUUCAACUUUUAUGUGUUGAAUUUAAAUUACUUCUCAGAAAACUGUUGUGCGGGUUAUUGUUGACCGUUUCCUUACAUAUACAUAUAAAUUUAAAAUUUAAAUUCUACAGCCAACAUUCGCUUCGUGGUAUGCAAUUCGAAGGGCACUUAACAUAAUUUGUCGACGGACAUGGAUGCGCAUUGCACACCAUGUCCACCUAAUCUGUUUAUCUACAAGAUAAGCUCUGGCUAUGAAUGUGACGCUUAAUACAACAGAGUAUAACAAGCCAUACGAAAAAUAACAAGAAUUACACAAAAAAAAGUAGCAAUAACAAAAUUAAAACUUUUCAAUCCACACACAGACGAGUUGUUUUUUGACAAGUGAUAUAACUGCGGUUGCAGUUGACCAGCUUCUCCCUACUGUUCCGGCUAUAUGCUUAUCAACGGACAUUCAGCUGGACAACUUUAACCGAGAACAGGGUGAAGAGCAACAAAAGAUGGCAGCAAACACCAACAUUGCCACAACCGACAUCAACAAGCAAGGCGAGCAGCCACGGGACAGCACCCGCAUGGCGUUUGUUGCCGCAUCGCCAGCGCUAGCUCCAUCGUCAACAUCAGCCUCGCCACAACAAAAGCGACAUCAAGAACAAUGCUCAACGAAAAUAUUGCAAGCACUACUGGGUAUUGCAGCGCAACCGCAAGGGGAGACACAAUCGGACGAGCCGGAAUCAGUGGCAACGCUAAAGCAGCAGUGGCAUAUGGAAUUGAGCCAAAUUGAGUUGAUCUAUCGCGCGGAGGGUAAUGCAAAUUUGGUGCUAGCAUUGCCGCAAUUUAAAAAAGUUUUGCGUCUGCCAAAAACGUCGAGACUGCCGACAACUAGCCACAGCAACAGCUCCAAAUAUAACGAAAUGAAAAUUGGUAAUACACAACAGCAAACGGAUGCGAAUGUGGCGAAGGGGCGGCAAGUGCCCGACAAAGAGUGGCAGCAACAUCAACAGCAUCAACAACAACAACAAACACAACAACGGCAAACUCAAGAAAUGCAAUUGCAACAUCAGCCAGAGCAGCAAAAACAUCAGGAGGUAGUCCAAAGUGCUUCCGACCCGGCUGUAAAUCAAAAUGCAAAAGACUUGACAAUGGAGGAUUUUGUAGCUUACAUCGAGGUAAUACGAAAACUACUUGGUAGCGAGUUUGUAUUCGAGACCGAGAUUGUGCGGAUAACGGCGGAGAAGGACAUACGGUGGAUAAAUGAACGGAUUCGUGCGGAUCGACCAGCUUAUCGUCGUGAUAAAGAAUUUUGUGGGGAAUUCGGUUUGCUGCUGCCAGAUGCUACACGCUUACCAAUAGCAUUCGAUAUUUUACUUUCCAAUUUGCAGGCGGAAUUGAUCGGCGACACAUACGCCAUCGAAAUAAAACCGAAGCAGGGCUGGCUGCUACCCACCGAGGUCGUCAGCAAUUUAUGCGAAUUGAAGAAAGGGCCAGCGCUGGCCACUGCAACAGCAGCAGCGACGGCGGAGCAGCAGCAAGAAGCCAAAGGAGCGGAGCAAGUGGAGGGAAUGGAAGCGCCAGCGCGCAGCCACGUCGCAAGGUGUCGCUUCUGUGCGAUGCAAUUUCUGAAGCUGCACACGGGCAAAAUCAACAGGCGAACUUCUUAUUGCCCGCUGGCGUUGUUUUCCGGUGUUCCAGCGCAAAUGGUUACCGCCAUCGAUGCCCUACUGCGGUGUCCGCAAAAUAAUUUACGAAUAUUUCGUAACGGUAUUUUAGUGUAUGAUGGCGAAAAGCAUUGCUACGAAGAUUUGGCGCAGACUAUAUUUCCAGGGCAAAUAGAGCUUUUAAAAGAUUUGGUGGUGGCGUGCCUGCUGAGGGACUACACGGCCAACGACAACAGCAGCGACGGCGCCGGCGGUGGCGAAGGUAGCAGCAGCAGCGUUGCAACCAACGACGAACCCGCUGACAUUGUUGAAGUGGCCAAAGCUGCUUCUGGUCAGCCGCACUUAAGCGCGGCGUCAGAACAAAGCGCCAUGGCAGAGGAGAAACAAAGAGCGGACGAGAUGUGGAGGACGACGGAAGAAAGUAGCGUGAUGCCAGCACAUCUAACGGAUGGUGCCCGAGGGGCGACGGAGCCGGCAGCACGAGUGGCUUCUAGAGGUGCGCCGACUCCGCCCCGUCCACGGACCAAGACGACGACAAGGACUGACACUGUUGCACUGGAGACAACUUCGCAAGCACAAAUCACCGAAGUGGAAACGCUGUGCUUACCGGCAAAUUGUGUGCUGCAAAAAAUUUUGCAUCUGCAAUUGUUGGCCAAGCACCACAUGCCCGCUCUGCAUGCGGCCGGUUAUGCGCGUAAAUCGGAAAAAUCAUACAACGCCUUAAAAGCCUUGUUGCAGCAUUCGUGCCAACAACAAAUUGGCGAUGCAUUGCAGCCCGUGGAAGCAUACAUGCUGGGCGCCACAGCGCUUGACUGCUCGGUAAUGGUGGCGUUUCAGGAAAUAUCCACGCACAAUACAGAGCUCGCGCAUCCACGUUCGCCUGAAAUGACAACAGCGACUGCGCUGCCGAGGCAUUGCGUCGUUUUGCCGCGCUAUAAAAGAACCUUCCUCACCAAAGUCACGCUGGUCGACCUGGAUCCAAAGCCUGAUAGUCACUUGUGUAAAUACAUUAAACAGACGUCUCAAGCCCUCAACUUAUUUAUGGAUAGCAGUUCGUGAUGGCCAGCUUGUUUGUCUUGGCGCAUGUGUGUGUGCUUACAAGGCGAAAGAGUCGGUAAAAGCCUUGAAAAGGAAGUACAGCAUAACAUUAACGCUCCGGAAUGUAAAUAUAAACAUGUAAAUACAUCUCUUUUUUUGUUAAUAUAUUCUUCGUAAUAAAUGCAGUGUUAAAUUA